GUUACACUAUCUACUCCGUACUCAGUAUCUAAUCGCCCGCCGCACGAGGAACAACAACAACUCCAGAUUCACAUGCAGGGUGAUCGAACCACACCAGUGCAGGCACUCCCGUCAAUUGUGGGAUGAAGGUGGUCGUACUGCUCUGGGAGACCUCAGGUCCUCGUCAAAAUGGGAGAAAUUACCCUCGAAGGAGCCAUUGCGCUUCUGGCAUCUGACAAGCUCAGGGAACGGUCAGAUGGGCUAGCCGAUCUCAAACAUAUACUACAGCAGAAUAGAAAAAGCUCGAAGCUAAACACACUCAAUGACAAGGCCUGCCACAAACUGUUUGAGUCGUUAUUCCGAUAUGUCUCAGUGGAAAAGUCCCUGUAUACACGCGCAACCUCAAAGGGGGCCUCUACCUCGCGUUUGUCAUCAUGUGCAUCCGUCCUUCGCACGGCCAUUGAUGUUUUUUUGCAUAAUUUGCGGACAAAGUCGGUCCGCGCGAUAGUUGACCAUGUCACGGAGACUGUGUCAACUCCCGGAGCUCCUCUGACAGAGAUCCUCAGUGUGGACUAUAUCAAAUGCUUGACUACUCUAUUGAGUUUUCCUCCACAUCUCGAACACCUCGCCAACAACGAGUGGGACAAGCUUCUGGAGUUUUGCCUUCGUAUUUUAGGCUCGCAUGAGACUGACAGCCAAGAAAGCGCGCAAACCCAUCGCUUAUCUACUUUAGACGGCUUUGUGGCCUCGACCAAUGGUGCCUCAACACCAUCCAGGGUGUCUUUCAGGGAAAAUUCUAGACUCAACACGAGUGCCGUUACAGAAGCUGUUUCAUGUAUUCAGCUUCUCAUUGGGUGUCCAACAGCUCCGGUCCUCGAGUCAGCCGAAGAGAUCCUCUAUGAGCUGACCAAGCUUCUGAGCUCGUUAACUUUGGUCGGAAAUGGCUACCAAGCCGCCUUUGAUUGCAUCAAUAGAGUCGUGAUGAAGGUAUUGCCUGAACAGUCAGAUCUUGCUCGGACAUCGUUGCUCAACCUGAUCCCAGUGAUCAAACGACUUUGGCCCACCAAGAUUCUAGGCUUGAAGGAUGAAAUGAUUGUGACAUCUAUGCUAUGUGUGGUCACUCUGACUGACGCAGCUCAUAGAGAGCCGUCCGAAUCUCUAAUCCACACGAUUGAAGAUAUGCUGGUUACUCUGCAGACAGAAUACACAAAACGGCCAGAAAAAGAUAUUUUGCAGUUGGACGAGCUAUCUUUCCACCGUCGCACUUCGACUGACCGGCAGGAAUACUUCAUUUGGCCUCGUCUUGAUGCCCCAAGAUCCGAGCAUAAUUGGACUAUAUUGUGGGUUACAGCCAAGCUGGUUGAGCUACUAGAGGACAUCGCUGUGCGGAUCUCCACUCCUUCUGAAGUCAAAAUCUUGAAGAAGCGUCGCCUGACCUCGAUGUUCGACGAUAUCAUCCGACAAUCCACAAAUGCUUCAAAUGCAAGCAGAGUCUGCGCUUUGCAGUUACUACCUUUUCUGCACAAUUGCUACCGGAGCAUUGAUUCAAAGACUGUGCUGCUCGAACGAUUACUUCCUAGUAUGCUUGACGACAACAGUGCCAUCUCUAUGUGGACGAUGGUAGCCAUUGCAAGUAUCGCAAGUAGUCCAAAUGCAGGCUCAUCAUCCUUAAGGUCGUACUGGGAACAGGCUUGGGAACUUGCGUCUCGGGCUUCAACCUCCCAAGCAACAUCCAGAGCAGCUUGCAAUGUCAUGCACAACAUUCUUCACUUUGACCUUCUAGACUACUCUGUGGUCAUCCAGUCAAUAAAUUCGAUGCUUUCUCCUAACAACCUGGAUGGUCCGUCUGCUCUGUCCGAUUCGUCUCUAGCACUCUGGGCUACGAUAAUUCGCAAAACAGCGCAAAUCAACCCGGGCUUGGUCACGGAAGCUUCAAGUAAAAUAUCGUCUUGGCUUCGCGAAUCGUGGACAAUAGGGACGGUGACAGAUCGUAUGCAUUUAGCACAAGCGGCAUCAUUCGCUCGCCCUCUGGACAUUGUCAAUGUACUUCUUGCUUGUACAAACCGACGUCUUUCAUUGCCAAGGAGUCGGUCUGGAGGACUUAACAGUACUGUUGCCAAAGGUUGGCAGUACUUCGUCAGAAACAAGCAGCUCUUAAAUUAUCUGUUUGACCUCGAAGAUGUGUUAGGCAGUGCGGAUAUAUGGAAUGCCCGGGACCCAUUGCUGUUGAAAUCAUUUGCUCGACCUGACCCAAAUGAUCACAUCAUUCUUGACUUGUUGCAUACAAAAUCCGAAAGUCUCUUGCAGACCUGGCAGUCAUUUUCAACUGAGAAGUCACAUCUUAUCACAACGGAUAUAUUGCAGAUAGUCGUGUCCUUCUGUGUCGUUGUUGCCCUGUACACGGAAUGUCUGCCAGAGCAAGUUGGAGAGCGAACGCCGUCUUUACGCAAGAAUAUUCAGCUACUGUGGGAGAGCCUAUGCUUAUUCAUGAGGUCCCGAGAAUCAGUAUUUGUGAACGCUUGUCUAGUAAUCGUGUCGCCAUACCUCACACCGGAGAAUUUACUUUCUGCUCCCGAGUCAGUUGUGUCGAAUGCUCUAUGCGGCUUAUUAGGUCCCCUUGCGGAAAUCUUAGAAGAAUCCCGACAACGACAGAGAGAAAUAUUGGGUUCUCGCGGUGAAGAACCCAUGGACUUAGACGAUCCAUUGCUCACAGACUAUGAUCAAUUGGCAGAAAUCACAGGCAUACUGAACAAGAAUCGAGAAGCACUUCCCUUGCUCCCAGAUGCUGCCACAUUUCAGCGCUGCCUUACCGUUCAAGUGUCUUGCUUCCAGAAGAUAUAUGCCUACUUAGCUUCUCCUGAUCAACUGUCUAGUAAUGAGGACAUUGUUAGGUAUUUGACUAGUCUCGACGAGGUUGACAUCUUGUCUGCUCGGGACUUCCUCCCCUAUGUCUAUCAGGCCAGUGCCGGCCUAAGUCGCGAAUCGUUGCUGAACAUACUCGAGGACCUCGCUGAGAAGUGCCUUCAGUCCUACGGUUUAGAACGUUGCGAAAACUCUCACCUUGUUUGUCUCCGUAUGAUGCAAAGCUUUGUCAAAUCAUGGACUAGGCAAGAGAAAGACCAUUUCUUUGAUUCGGCGACUGACAUAUACACUUGGUUUGUGGAUAUACUUCUCGCAAAAAAGCGAGCUUCUCCCUCAGUUCUCAUUGCGAUGACGGAGCUGCUGGGAGAGAUUCUUGUCCACAAUUCUGCCUAUACAAGUGGCCCAGCAAGCCCAUCUCCUCGUACCUGUCUUUUCACCAUACUCCGGAAGGGAAACGCUGCCGUGAAGUUUAGAGCUGGUGAAUUGAUUCCUCAACUUUUCGGCAAUUUCUCUCUCACCGACCAUGAUGCUAUAUUCAGUGAUGUGUUGAGCAGCCUGCCUCGAGAUCCGGACUGGAUUGAAGGAAUCGCUCUUCGACUUCUCAUUUUGGCUCGCCUUGCUUCCGUGUGGCACACCUUACUCCGCAGAAGUAUCUAUCACAUGUUCGAAACUCCUGCUCAUGUUCCACUCUCACUACGCUAUGCUGAGAAGUGCAUGAAAGAGGUUGCAGACAUACUUGGGCUCAAAGAUGCCAAAGAGCUCUUUCGUCUUUUUUGCUCCCAAAUUAUCUACACAUGGACAGAAGGCCAGUCCUUAACGUCAUUACCUUACAGUGUUUUCGGAUAUUCCAGCACCGAAGAUAUGUUGCUCGAUGUGCAAGAUGAGGCUGUUGGCCAGGUCAUGAUGCGUUGGAAUGAGCAUGAGGCGGAAGAGCUCGCGGCUUGUACUGGCUCACCGUUCGUUGAACUUCUAGACGCGUCUUUCUAUCAAGCAGAGGCUUACAGCAUUGCUCGUGAUAUCAGUAUUCCUCCUAGCCAGGGAAGCCAACCAAAGGGCGUGGAGAACCAACUGAAGAGGAUACUGGGUGCAGAUAGAUUCAUAUCAUUGGUCGAAAGGCAGUUCCCUCAAAUUAUAGCGACCUUUUUCAAAACACUCGAUCAAUACGACCAAGUCGAAAGAGCGCUCCAAAGGCAAAGCAACUUUCGCGAGGCCCAUACUAUUCUGAGGUCUAUCAUUGAAAAAAGCUGCUCAAACACCGUGUUACCUGCAAACCAGCAGCCGUCGUUCAGGGCUCGUUAUCUCAUGGAUGAGCUUGAUUUUAUUUGCAAGCGUAGUGGAUACGAGCUAGAAACCAUCUGGACACCUGCUCUAGCAACCUAUACUUGUCGCGCAUUGUUGGAAUCUAUUCAUCCAGCCCUUGGAUCUCUUCACGCUUGCUCUGUCAUCCGAAAGGUCAGGAUCCUCAUCAGUGUUGCCGGCCCUGUCAUGCUGCGGGAUUAUCCAUUCGAGAUGAUCAUCCACGCACUUCGGCCCUAUCUGGUUGAUCUAUUCUGCGCAGAAGAUGCACUCGGAAUUUUCUGGUACAUGCUGGACGCAGGAAAGGGUUAUCUGAGCGAGUGCCCCGGUCUGAUGGCCGGGAUAGCGGUUACAACGUUGCUCUCAUUGAGAAGAUUCGUCGCAUCGCCACCGACAGUACCAACACAAGAGGACCUCCUGCGACGGGUAAUGGCUAGAGUAGAAGAGUUUCUCGACUGGUUUGAAGCGGCCCUGGACUCUUAUGAGUCCUCCGCUAUGAGUGCUGAGAAGUCUGAACUAUUCGGCCUGUUGGUGAGGUCAUGCUCAGGAACAACUAAAAGCGAAAGAGGAGCACAAAGCGAAGAUGAACACAAUUUGCUCGUGCAUGUCCUUGGCGACCAAAGUUCUGGGGAUAGUCUCCUCAGCAGGCCUGUUUCGGAUCAUGUUGUAUCGUUGUUGUGCGCAGAGAAUGAGCUUCCCCGAGACCAUAAUCCCCGUCUUGAUUUGACUGAGAGUGAUGAGAUGGCGAUCUCAAAUGCUGUGACGGUUUGUCAGACAUUGAAAAGGUUUGAUUGCCGUGAUGAAUACAAAAUUUGGGCCGCUAAAGUGAUUGGAAAAGCGUUUGCUGCCACAGGCAGUAUCAGCGACACGCUAUCGAGAGAACAGGAACCCACCUUACUCGAAACACUGCAGCCCCGCGUAAUCCUGGACUCAAAUCACCGCUCAAGGAUCAGUAUCCUGAUACAGCUAUGUAAUAUGCUGCAAAAUAGCAGUCAUGCCGAGGUGGGCCUUGUCGAACGUACGAUGCAAUUGAUCGUCAGCAACCUAAGCAACUUCCCUGAGCUUGAUUAUUGCCGCAACGCCAUAUCCCCUUUCCUUCUCGGCGCCCUGACAUGGGAUCCCUACCACUGUCCCGAUAUCCCUACGCGAUUAUCGAAAGCUGACACAGACCACGGGCUCGGAUGGGAUCCCAGCGUCUCUGUAAAUGACUUUGCGAAAGGUGUCGGAUUCUUUUUGUCUCGAGCCGCUUCCGAAGACCCGAUCAUUGGACCAUUACACGUUCUUCUAAACGUCAUGCCAAAUCUAGCAGUGCAAAUCCUACCACAAAUUCUUCAUGAGGUUCUGCUGGCAGACUUGCAUGGCGAAGUGAGCAUUCGUUUUACGAUCUCCGAAAUCUUCAAGAAGGUGUUAAGGCAGGUUGAUGAUAAUACCAUACCUCACGCGCGCCUUGUCAUAAACUGCAUUCUCUAUCUCCGAAACCAGCCAAGGCCAAAUGAGUCGACCAUUGUGGAGCGCGAUGAGUGGCUCGAUAUUGACUUUGCUGAGGCGUCCGCAGCAGCCAGUCGAUGCUUUUUGCCGAAGACAGGACUUCUUUUUCUUGAGAUUUACGCUUCGCGGUUGACUUCCACAUCUCGUCGUUCAUCGCUCGCCAAGUACGAGGCUCCUCCAGACGUCCUACACUCUAUAUAUCAGGAGAUAGACGAUCCAGAUAUCUUCUAUGGCAUUCAGCAGGACUCGUCUCUAGCAGCUGUUAUGGAAAAGCUCGAACACGAAAGCUCUGGGCUCAAAAACUUGUUGUUCCAGAGCGCUCGAUAUGACAGUGAGAUUCAGAUGGGUGAAACAACGAAUGUGCACGGUGUCCUGAAGGCACUUCAUUCGACGAAUCUUCAGGGUAUUGCAAACUCCGUUUUUGUGGCUUCCGGAAACUCGAAGGAUACUUCACUGUCUCUCGAUAGCAUGCUUCAGACAGCUACCAGUCUGCGACAGUGGAAUAUCCCUGUGUCGCCUUUGCAUGCGUCCCCGCCCGGGGCAGUCUUUCGGGUCUUCCAGAGUCUCAGCAUGUCGAGAACCCUAGCUGAUGUCUCCAACUCCGUCAACGAGUGCCUGCUGAGCAGUUUGGAAUUGUUGAGCAGCAGCAGCAGUCAGUCAGUAAGCGAUCUGAGAACUGCCAUGAGGGUCUUGGGAAUCAUGACAGAAAUCAGUGAUGUUCUAAGUGCAAAAUCGACGGAUGGGAUCCACCAGGAGUGGCAGAAGAUAGCAUCCAGAAACUCUUGGUUGAAAAGAACUAGCCCAGAUGAGGUUGGGGAGAUCUUGACCUGUCAUGAGGCGCUUUUCUCUACGAUCAGGCAGAAGGACUUCCUAAAGUCUGCAAUCCACCUCCAAGACUCAGAUGCGCUGUUACUGGAAAUCAAGGUCCUUCGCCAGUCGCUUGAGGUCGCGCAGAGUCACGAUAUUUCUCAGGCCUCGCUGAAGAUUGCGUUUUGUCUUCAGAAGCUUGCAUCCCAGAGCGCGCUGCUGGGAAUAGAUACUGAAGGAGCGGCAAAGUUUGAUCUAGCCAAUGUCCUUUGGGACCAGGGCGAAAUGGCUGCAUCCAUCAGGAUGCUCCGGCAACUCAAGGAUCGAAACGAUCUACACAAGCAAGCAGUUCCAAUAAGCCGUGCUGAACUUCUCGUGACUUUGGGGCACCGCACUGCAGAAGCGCGAUUGGAAAAGCCAGAAACUAUCAUACAGGACUACAUGUCUGUAGCAGCCAAGGAACUUAAAUACCGCUCACGGGGAGAAGAUGCUGGUCGAGUCUAUCACGGGUUUGCGAUGUUUUGUGACCAGCAAUUACAGAACCCUGACGGGCUGGAGGAUUUCAGGCGUGUCGAACAAAUUCGCAACCGCAAAGAACAAGAAGUUAUUGCGCUGGAGGAGAUGCUGGCAACGGCCUCGGGCAGAGAGAAAGAAGCCCUCAAGUUUCACCGGUCGAAGACUAAGCAAUGGUUUGAUCUCGAUGAUCGCGAGUACCAACGUCUCUUGUGCAGUCGGGAAGCUUUCCUUCAGCAAUGUCUCGAGAACUAUCUGCUGUGUUUGAGAGAGAGCGAGUCGUACAAUAACGAUGCUCUGCGUUUCUGUGCGCUGUGGCUUGACAAAUCCGAUAGCCCGAUUGCGAAUAUGGCUGUGUCGAAGUACCUUCACCAAGUCCCUAGCCGCAAGUUCGCCUCUCUGAUGAAUCAGUUGACAUCCCGUCUUCUCGAUAUUUCUGAUGAGUUUCAAAAGAUGCUCUUUGCAUUGAUAUAUCGCAUUUGCGUCGAACAUCCAUUCCAUGGCAUGUAUCAAAUCUUUGCAAGCAGCAAAUCGAAGGGCGGCAAGGAUGAAUUGGCCCUAUCUCGUUACAGGGCAGCCAACAAGCUGGUCGACGGCCUCAAAAACGACAAACGCAUGGGAACGACCUGGGUGAAUGUUCAUAAUGCAAACAUCAGCUACGUGCGGUUUGCGAUCGACAAACCAGACGACAAGUUAAAGAGUGGUGCUAAGGUCCCGUUGAAAAAGUUGUCCACUGGCCAACGCCUCGAGCGAGAUGCAUCUGAAUUGAAACUUCCACCCCCCACGAUGAGAAUUGAGAUUCGCCUUGACUGCGAUUAUAGCGAUGUACCAAGGCUUCAGGGCUACCAGCCAGAUUUCACCAUCGCUUCCGGUGUCAGUGCCCCGAAGAUUGUCACGGCAAUUGCUAGCAACGGGCGACGAUAUAGGCAACUGUUCAAAGGAGGGAACGACGAUCUGCGGCAGGACGCCAUCAUGGAACAGGUUUUCGAGCAAGUCAGCAGCCUUCUCAAAGAUCACCAAGCCACUCGGCAACGAAACCUGGGUAUUCGGACCUAUAAGGUGCUGCCUCUCACAUCCAACGCUGGAAUCAUCGAAUUUGUUCCCCAUACAAUUCCGCUCCAUGACUACUUGAUGCCGGCACAUCAAAAAUAUUUCCCGAAGGACAUGAAACCGAACGUGUGCCGUAAACAUAUCAGCGAUGUCCAAACACGCUCAUUCGAGCAAAGAGUACGUACCUUCCGCCAAGUGACGGAGCAUUUUCACCCAGUGAUGCGAUUCUUCUUCAUGGAGAAGUUCAACAACCCGGACGACUGGUUCAGCAAGAGGCUGGCAUACACUCGGAGCACUGCGGCCAUUUCGAUUCUAGGUCAUGUGCUGGGUCUGGGCGACCGACACGGUCAUAACAUUCUACUGGACGAGCGGACUGGUGAGGUCGUUCAUAUCGAUUUAGGCGUUGCCUUCGAACAAGGCCGAGUCCUUCCAGUCCCCGAAGUUGUUCCCUUCCGCCUGACACGCGACCUGGUGGAUGGGAUGGGCAUCAGCAAGACCGAAGGGGUUUUCAGGCGCUGUUGCGAGUUCACACUUGAUGCCUUGCGGCAGGAGUCGUACAGCAUCAUGACGAUUCUGGAUGUGCUUCGAUACGAUCCACUCUAUAGCUGGACGGUGUCCCCGCUGCGGCUGAAGAAAAUGCAAGACGCGCAGGAUGCGGCUGAUGAAGAUGGGCCUCCGGUCAUCACGGGCAAUAUGGAUCAGCGUUCUGCCAACGAACCGAGUGAAGCAGACCGUGCACUCACCGUAGUAGCCAAGAAGCUGGGCAAGACGUUGAGUGUGACGGCUACUGUGAAUGAACUGAUCCAGCAGGCUACGGAUGAAAAGAAUCUCGCUGUACUAUACUGUGGUAAGUCUGGAGAAAGACCUCAUUACACCCAUGGACAUACGCUGACUGAUCUACUUGCACUCUAG